AAACCGGAGCAGCUAGGCCGGACGCUGGAUCAGAUGGAAAGUUCAAUCGAUUAAAUUUGUCCACUUGUUUUUUUUUUUUUUGUUUUGUUGUUGUCGUCGUGCAUGUUCCCGCUCGCUUGUGAAACGACGAACUUAAAUGCGGGCGUUUUUUUGGCGUGAAGUAGGAAAUGCAGAGAUCGUGUGAAACGAGAGGAUUAUCAGCUUGACUUCUUUGGUCGCUACUUCGGACGCGGAACUCCACUUCGCUAAAAGGUGAAUCAUGACAGAGUAUAAGCUGGUUGUGGUGGGAGCUGGAGGCGUUGGCAAGAGCGCGCUUACCAUUCAGCUCAUCCAGAACCACUUUGUGGAUGAAUACGACCCCACCAUUGAGGACUCCUACAGAAAGCAGGUGGUCAUCGACGGAGAGACGUGUCUGCUGGACAUCCUGGACACUGCAGGUCAGGAGGAGUACAGCGCCAUGAGGGAUCAGUACAUGAGGACAGGCGAAGGCUUCCUCUGCGUCUUUGCCAUCAACAACACCAAGUCCUUUGAAGACAUUCACCACUAUAGAGAACAGAUCAAGCGGGUGAAGGACUCCGAGGACGUCCCCAUGGUGUUAGUGGGGAACAAGUGUGACCUCCCGUCCCGGACAGUGGACACCAAGCAGGCUCAGGACUUAGCACGCAGCUACGGCAUUCCCUUUAUCGAGACCUCAGCCAAAACCAGACAGGGCGUUGACGAUGCCUUUUACACAUUAGUGCGAGAAAUCCGGAAGCAUAAGGAGAAGAUGAGCAAGGAGGGCAAAAAGAAGAAAAAGAAGUCCAAGACAAAGUGUACACUUAUGUGAAUAAUCAGCCCCUUUUCAAGACAGACUAAAAAAAAAAAAGAGAGAAAAGAAACUAUGUUGAACAGUUCAAGUAAUACAUUUUGUACAUUACACUAAAUUAUUAGCCUCUUUCUCAAUACCCACCAUACUGAAUACUAAAACCUGACCUGAAGUUUCUGCCUUUCUCUUAUUUGCUACUUUGGUCACCGAUAAGCUCCGUCUUCAGUUUUAGUGCCAGUCGCUGACAUGUGUUGGUCCAACAGCCCGAUGAGCUCUAAGAUAAUUUGGAUAAUCUCACGCGGAGCUGGGAGCUUAAAUGACGAAUUAUUCAUUACCGAGUUUUGAGUUAGUUUCCCCCCUCUUUGCUCGAAAAGGUCGUGGCCUGCAAAUGUUCUGUAACGCCCCUUUUUAAAGUACGGGAUGCCAAAGAAUGAAUUUUCAAACGUAGACAAAACGGAAGAGAAGGACCAACGUUCAGCCAGAUGAGAUCCAAACGUCCCAGCCACUGUGUAAUGCCCCCACCUGCCCCCCGUCUCUAAUGACCUCUAGGUAUGACUUAGUUAUGUCACUGUUCAGUAUGCAUGCGAACUCCUACCCUUCUCCGAAUGUUUUAACACCCUAAUUAGCUAUUAAUUAAUUUGCAAUUUAUCAUUGCUUUGUACUGUGUGGGGAGUGAUUUCUUGCCUUCAUGAGACGAGAUGUGUUUUGUUUUUCUUUUUCUUUUUGCAUGCGUUGUGUCCUAGAUGACAUGGGUAUCGCAAAACUGACUCUGGUUGAUGCAUUGAACAGCCAGCAACGAGGAACUCGAGUGGACAUCGUACAGUCUGCUUUUUCACGUUUCUAAAAAAUAAAAUAGAAAAAAAAGUUAAUAUUUGCUUUUGUGAGAGAGAAAUCUGCCAUUUUUUUUCUUUUUUUUUUUAGGAAAUAAAUGACAAAUUCAAAGAUUCAUGAUGAUUUCUAACCCAUUUUGUCGUCAUAAAAUGGGACUAACAGCCAGGUUUUAUGUUGGUCUUUUUAUGUUGCAGAGAUUUAUGCCUUCUUUGACCGUACUGGUUAAAAUAUUCCCGCUUUUUCUUUAGGCUCAGCUGUAGGAUGGCUGUGAUUCAUCCCGACUUGUCAGCACGCUCCUCCUAGAGGACUUCACAUUACCGCAGAAUGUUCAGUUAAAUGCUAAAUUUGAGGAUUCACGAGCGUCCAGUUGCUGGCCAUAGAGGUGUCACACCUUGCACACUUUUCCUAAGCUCGCUUGCUCGCGACUGGCUAGAAAGCUAAAUGCAUCUUUUGAGCAGCUGUCAGGAAUAUUUGCCUCGGUGUGGUGUCGCAGAGGUUGUUCAAAACGUUGUCCAAAUGGGUUUUCAGAUUCUUUCCCCAUGCCGAGCUUCUUCUUUUUUUUUUUUUUUGGGAUUCAUUUGCUAAAGUGUUGAAAUUGUUUGGUGGCCUGCCUUUCAACAGAAAUGAUUGUCCAGCAAAAAUAAUUUGUCAUCUUCUCUCGGAAAAAAAACAACAACAACUUGUGUAUCGUGGUGAUUUAACUGGAACGGAUGUUUGUAAAUGAGGCUGUAAUUGCCAUAAAAUUGGUUUCUAGAGAAAAUUGUCCGAAUUUAUUUAAAGUCCUGGUUGCUUUCUCGGGUCACCCCGUGUGUCACCUUCCUUCAUUGUAUUUACAAAGCGUCCGCCUGGGGAUUUUUAUUUGCCUUUUAUCUUUGCAUUAGGUGCUACAUUUAGACGGUAGGAAGAGCCGAGACCACAUUUACUUUGUCCUGCGUGUACGCCAGAGAUACACGAAAUGCUGUUUUUUAGGGGAGCGGCGAUAUUCACACAAGAGAAUCCAGACACGAUACGUUUUGCUUUCAGGAUUAAUGGAUUUUGACCCAGUUUAUUAUUACCUCGUUUUUUCAUGAAGUAGAUAAUAACUGUUAAUGCAAUUUUAAUUAUGGAACCCUCCUGUUAACAAAUACUGUUUCAAAAGUAGUUUUACUGUAAUGUUUGAAAUGUUCCUCUUCCUUUAUUGCGUGCCAACAGCUGAUUUCUGAAAUGUAUCAUUUAUACCUGGAUCGUAUUUUAACAACCUUUGUAUAGUUGUGAUACUGAAAGGUGCAUAUUUUGUAAAUUGUGCUUCAUUUCGUUGGUGUGUCUAAAUGAAUGUUGCUUUAAUGGAGUUUCACUCCGCUCUGUGUAUGUGACUAGAGAGUGUGACUGGGUCCAGGUCUAGGGAAGUGAAUGAAUGACCACUUUACAACCAACCUGUUGUGGGCAGUGUAGAGUGGUGAUCUGAUCUCAAAAUGAGUCUAUUUUUUGCCAUGAAUCUCACCACUCCUAUUUAAUGUGUAAUAAAGAACAAAGUAAAGAGGAACCAAA